GCGGCUUGGAAAAUGGAGAUCACACGAAAAAAUUUUAAACAGAGGCUAAAUUUUGUCACAGAAUCUAUCAAUAGUGCCGAUUUUUUGGCUGUUGAUGGGGAAUUUACAGGGUUGGAUUCAAAUAAUGGUGGUCAUGCAAUGCCUUUUGACACACCAGAAGUGCGUUACCAGCGAGUAAGACAGGGUGCUUGCGAUUUUCUUCUCCUGCAGUUUGGCAUUUGCACCUUUCAUUAUGAUGAAGCAAAAAUGUUAUAUGAAGCGAGACCAUUCAAUUUCUACCUCUUUCCUCGUCCAUACUCACGAACCGGUCCUGACAUUCGCUUCAUGUGCCAGAGUUCAAGUAUAGAGUUUCUGGCAUCUCAAGGGUUUGAUUUUAACAAAGCAUUUAAAGAUGGUAUAUCUUACUUGACACCUGGUGAUGAGGCUAAUCUACGUGAGGCACUACAGCAGAAACAUCAGCAAUUUUCCCAGUUCUCCUCUCCAGCAUUUGUCACACCAGACGGAGUCUCUCAAGGGACCUCAAAGGGGCCAGUCAGCAUUCCGGACGAGCAGAAGGAAUUCAUCAAAGAAAUUUGUGAGAAAGUUUCUGAUUUUAUUGAAAAGUUAACUGAAGACAAACUGAGCUUGCCAUCCUGUAAUGGUUUUCAGAGGAAGCUGAUAUACCAGUCUUUACGAGCUCAGUUUCCAUCAGGUAUACACUUGGAGACUCAGACAGGUGAGAAGAAGGAACGACACAUUGUUGUGACGAGGAUAAAGAGUGAGGAAGACAUGAAGAGACGAGAGGCUGAGAAGCAGGCUGCAGAAGUGGCUGAUUUGGACAAUGCUGUAGGAUUCACCAAAGUCAUUCGUGCUAUAUCACAGUCUGGUAAAUUGGUAGUAGGACACAACAUGAUGCUGGACCUCAUUCACAUACUACACCAGUUCUUCUACCCACUCCCAGAGAGCUAUGAAGAAUUCAAAGACAUGUGCAUGUCUGCCUUUCCCAAAAUGUUAGACACUAAACUUAUGGCUAGCACCAGUCCCUUUAAGGACAGAAUAAUGAGCACAGUUCUGGCUGAUCUUCAAAAGAUACUGGAGAACAAACCCUUCCAGAAGGCACAGGUUGAAAUAGCAGAAAAGUUCUCCAAAUAUACGACAGAGAAGGGCCCACUCCAUGAGGCAGGGUAUGAUGCCUACCUGACAGGAAUAUGUUUCAUCUGUAUGUCAAACUUUCUAGGUACUUUCCAGAAUCCAUCACAGGACAUUGUUCCACCAUCUUCACCCCUCGUCCAGCCAUUUACCAACAAACUGUUCCUGAUGCGAGUUUAUGAUAUCCCAUAUCUUAACCUAGGUGGCCAAGAUUUGACUCCAAACAGAGACCAUGUGUUCCAUUUAACAUUUCCCAAGGAGUGGAAGACCAGUGAUAUUGUUCAUCUAUUCUCUCCCUUUGGUGGUUCACAGAUAUUCUGGCUAAACGAUACAUCGGCAUUCGCAUCACUUCAUUUUAAAGAAGAUGCACAAAAAGCACUGCAGAGCCUGCGUCAACCUGGAACAGUGUACACUAUCAGGACCUUCCAGCAGUACCAACACAGCAAGGAAGGUGGCCAGAUGGCGUCUCGCAAACGGUCGACAACCAGCACAGAAAACAACAUUGCAAACAAGAAAAGAAAGUCCCUCAAUGUUGAAGCUGCCCCAUUUGUAUCUAGGUCAAUCACACCUCCAAUCCCAGAGGAAAAUACAGAGAACAUUGAUGAACCAAACGGAAAACAUACAGACAACACUAAAGCUAUGGAAACAGAAAGUAGCAAUGUUGAAGACAAGAAAGCUGAGCAGAUGUUUGUGGAGCCAGAGGUUUGGUGAUGUGACCUUUGACCUACAGGACAAAUACAAAGUGCUAGUGACUACAAAUAAAUGUUGUGAUGGGAAGCGUUUUGUUCAGUACUUAACAAUAUGAUGUUUAUACUGAAAGAAAUGUUGCAAUAUUUUCAUUGAUGAUUAUAGUGGAAAAAGAAACAACAUAAUGAAAUAAAUAUUUAAAAACCUA